AUGAACAAGAGGUUGCAUCACUUAUCCAAAUUUGAGGUUCAGUUGGGACAAAUAGCUACUACUCUGAACAGAAUAGUGAGUGCACAAGGUCAAUUUCCAAGCCAAAUGGAAGCUAAUCCUAGGAAUCAUAAGCAGAUUCAAGCUAUUACCACUUUGAGAAGUGGAAAAGUGAUUUAUAAUAAGAUUGGAAAUCUAGAGCUCGAUGAUAUAGAGGAAGAUGAAGGCAUGACAGAAACAAGGCAGCAGCUUGACAAGAAAUUUGGGGGCUUUUUGAAAUCUGAAAGUGAUGCCACGCAUGUUGACAAAGUUACCGAAUUUUUGCAGCAUGUCCCUCAUACUCCAAACACAGCAACUCAUGGUCCUCUUUCUUUCUCUCAAUGUGACAAACAUGCUAGAAAAGAGAAAAGUAAGGGAGACAUUAUGGAGCAAUCUAAGAAGGUGUAA